AUGGCUUCAAUCAACGACAUGAAAGACCGAGCCAUGCAUGUCGAGGGUUCGACAAAGCCAGAAGAUGAUGUUGCAGCUGGCACAAUCGCCGCUUCCACUACAGUGAUCGAGCGAAGAAUCACUCGCAAAACCGACUGGAGACUUGUCCCUAUACUGGCAGCCUUGUACACGAUAUCUCUCAUUGAUCGUACCAACCUCGGCGGUGCUCGAAUCUCGGGAAUCGAUCAGGACAUUGGCCUUGAUAUCGGGAACAGAUAUUCUGUCGUUGUUCUCGUUUUCUAUGUCUCCUACGUGUUCUUUGAGCUUCCUAGCAACAUCCUUCUCAAGAAAUUCGGCGCCGCGAAUUGGCUGGGAUUCUUGGGACUCGCGUUUGGCUUGGUUACCAUUGGCAUUGGCUUGUCAAAGAACUACGCCACUCUGGUGGUUCUCCGUGUCAUGCUUGGAACCAUGGAAGCGGGAAUCUUCCCAGGCUGCAUCUACCUAAUUUCUUCCUGGUAUCGUCGGUACGAAGUUUCCAAACGGAUCGCGUUCUUCUUCACGAUAUCCUCUUUUCUGUCUGCAUUUGCCAAUAUUAUGGCCUAUGGUUUCACCCAAAUCUCUUCGCAACCGGAACGGCAUGGAUGGAAGUGGAUCUUCAUUGUGCAAGGAUCGAUCACUUGCGCGAUAGCUAUUUUGACAAAGUUGAUCGUCAUCGACUUUCCAGAGUCUAAGCGGAACAAGUUUCUGGCGCCCGAAGAGAAGGACAUACUCAUCAGCCGACUUGUGCAAGAACGGGGUGAAGCUGAAGGAGGCAAGAUCACCCCCGCAGUCUUGAAGGAGGUUGCCAAGAAGUGGCACGCUUGGGCCCUAGCUUUCAUCUACAUGGGCGGCUCGACUGGUCUCUAUGGCAUUCUCUUCUUUCUUCCACUGAUCCUGCGCAAGGGUCUUGGCUACUCUCAAGUCGCCUCGUUCUGUCUCACCGCACCUCCUGCUGCGUUUGGACUUCUCUGUUCUCUGGCCAUCUCAUGGGCAUCCGACAAGUACAGAGUGCGAGGUCCAUUCGUCAUCUUGUCCUGCAGUCUCGGGAUUGUUGGAUUCGCAAUGACCGGGUUUCUUACUGCCCCGACUCCUCGCUACGUCGGAGCGUUUCUCGGCCAAGCCGGUACGACUUCUCUUAUCCCAAUCUCGCUGGCAUGGGGCCAGAACAAUAUCCAAGGUGACGCGCAAAAGAGCGUUAUGUCAAUUAUACAAGUCUUCAACGCCGGGGUAGGAGGCAUUUACUCGGCUCUUGUAUUCCGACAGCAGGAUGCGCCUGCUUACAUUCCAGGUCUAGCAGCUUCAGGGGCGCUUCUACUUGCCGGUGCUCUCCUCACCGUCGUGUGUUCCUUCAUUUUCUGGAGGGCGAAUAAGAAAGCAGAUAGAGGAGAGCUCGUGAUUGAUGGCAACGCCGAAUUCCGCUACACUUGGUAG